GCUGGCUUCAAACGUUCACGAGGAAGCGCUCGACCCCGCUCCCUCAUCAGUGAGCGACCAACAUGGCGACCUGUGUGCUACUUCGGUCCCUCUCUUCCAACUUUCACACAGUUAAGCCGCUCCUCGCCCGCUCGGCGCAGCUCUCCCCGCUGCAGCUGGCCCUGCAGACAUGUUUUAGAAGAACUCUAGCCUCCUCGUGCCGAUUAUCAGCAGCUCUUAAAUUUACAGACAAGCACGAAUGGAUUCGAGUCGAGGACGGAGGCAUCGGGACUGUGGGAAUCAGCAACUUUGCACAGGAGGCUCUGGGAGAUGUAGUUUACUGUGGACUGCCAGAAGUGGGAACACAGCUGGCUCAGCAAGAGGAGUUUGGAGCUCUGGAAAGUGUCAAGGCAGCCAGUGAGCUGUAUUCCCCUCUGACUGGAGAAGUAGUAGAGAUCAAUACACUGUUGGCGGACAAACCUGGUCUGGUAAACAUAUCCUGUUACAAAGAUGGAUGGCUGAUGAAGAUGACCAUCACCAACCCCACUGAGCUCGACGCUCUAAUGGACGAAGCAGCGUAUGAGAGAUACAUCCGCUCCAUUGAGAACUAGCACUGUGCUCCCUCUCCCUCUUCAAACACCACUGGCAAAGAGAUGAACUAUCUGCGCCCGUCAUUCUCUAAAGCAGUGCUUAGCAUCAGACAGUGCAGCUCUGCCAGUGUUGUAGAGCUGUGAACAUUAGCAUUUUUUAUCUGUUGUUAAAGACUGACUUUGUGGGCAUCUGCAAUCUGCAUUAACGAGACCCAGCGUGGCGCUCUUGCAGCCUCGGGGCCGCCAACGGAAGAGACUGAGAAUAAGUCCAAGUAUUUCAAUGAAAACUUGAAAAAAUCUGUAGUAGAACAAUGUUAGACUCAAGCACUUUGAUCUUUGUUUUAUUAAUUUUGUUGGUCUACUCUGCAUGUAUGUCAGCUAAAUUUUGGAUAUGGGAUCUGUAAAAUAGUAAAUAAAAUUUUCCUGACACAU